UUUAAAGCUGCUGUUGAAGAACUCGAGAAAUUGACUCACAAACCUUCUGCUGCUGACUCUAUGGAUCUGUACGGGUUAUAUCAACAGGCUACUAUCGGUGACAAUGAGACUGAAAUGCCAUCACUUGAUAUCAAAGGCCGCUAUAAUUGGGACGCCUGGAACAAUCUGAAUGGUGUGCAAAUGAAGAAAGUCUAA